AGGGACGCCUGAGAGCGACGCUUGCAGCUGAUGUACCGCUGCCUCAAACAUGGAGAGCGACACCACAGUCCGGAGAAUAAAACCCUUCGGGACACAGAAUUACUCGGUGCAAGAUAACGACGGUUCCCGGGGCCGGUGCGGCGAUAACGGCUACAGCGGGGACCCGAAGAGGAAGCCCGAAGUGAGCCUGUAUCUGCUGCGGGAAGGGCUGGCAGCCUCCCUGGUCUCUGUGUUUAUUUUGGUGCUGUGGGGACUCGUUCACUUCUCCUUACAGCAGCUCGUCAUCGGGAAGCCAACCGGCGAGUUCAACGCAGUGAGAGCCAGACAGCACUUGGAGCAAAUCACCAGCGUCGGCCCUCGUCCAGUGGGCAGCCGGGAGAAUGAAGUCCUGACGGUGGGCUAUUUGUUGGAGCAGAUUGAGAGCAUCCGGGUGGAGACGGCAGCGGGCCCCCAUCAGAUCACGGUAGACGUGCAGCGUCCCACCGGCACUUUCUCCAUUGACUUUCUCGGAGGCUUCACCAGCUUCUAUGACCGUGUCACCAACAUUGCCGUCAGACUAGAGCCUAAAGGGGGGUCGCAGCAUCUCAUGCUAGCCAACUGUCACUUUGACUCAGUGGCCAACAGUCCAGGUGCCAGUGAUGACGCAGUGAGCUGUGCAGUUAUGCUGGAAGUCCUCCAUUCUCUGGCCAACCAAUCUACUGCUCUUCAUCAUGGAGUUGUCUUCCUCUUUAAUGGCGCAGAGGAAAAUAUCCUUCAGGCCAGUCACGGUUUCAUUACUCAGCAUCCGUGGGCCAAGCAGGUGCGAGCCUUUAUUAACUUGGAGGCUGCAGGUGUUGGGGGCAAGGAGGUGGUUUUUCAGACAGGUCCCGAGAACCCGUGGCUGGUCCAGGCCUACGUCCAUGCAGCCAAACACCCCUUUGCCUCUGUUGUCGGUCAGGAGGUCUUUCAGAGUGGAAUCAUCCCCUCUGACACUGACUUCCGCAUCUACAGAGACUUUGGUAACAUCCCAGGCAUUGAUCUGGCUUUCAUUGAAAACGGUUUCAUCUAUCACACCAAGUACGACACUGCUGACAGGAUCCAUACAGACUCCAUACAGAGAGCUGGCGACAACAUCCUGGCGGUCCUGAGGUACCUGGUAAUGUCAGAGAAGCUGGCAGAUUCCUCAGAGUAUCGUCAUGGCAACAUGGUAUUUUUUGACCUGCUGGGGGUGGUUGUGGUGGCCUACCCAUCCCGUGUCGGCACCAUCCUUAACUACAUGGUAGCCGCAGCCACCUUCCUCUAUCUCGCCAAGAAAGCCUCUCUACCAGGCAAUGGGGGUGGACGAUAUCUUCGAGACCUGGCCUACGCCACAGGUGUAGCAGUCCUGAGUUGGUUCGUCACCCUGCUGUCAGUACUGAUAGUUGCUCUGCUUGUGACUCUGAUGGGCCGCUCCAUGUUUUGGUACGACCACUUCUACGCCUCCAUCUGCCUGUAUGGGUCCGCUGCCACGGGCAAGAUGAUCCUCAUUCACACGCUGGCCAAGAACUUGCACUAUGGAGGAGUCCGUUUGGUGGAGCUGGGGGAUCUCUACUUUGACGUGAGCUUGUUGCUGUGGUGCUGCAGCUUGGUGUGGCUGACCCAUCAGGGCCUCUGUUCAGCCUAUGUGCCCAUGCUUAUGGUGGCCUUCCCCCUGGCCACCAAGCUGCUGCUGGCAAAAGAGUUUAAACAUAGAGGAGCAUCAAUGAAGUACAGUGUGCUCUAUAUGUUGGGCCUUGCGUUGCCCUACGUCCACUUCAUGUUCCUCAUCUGGGUGGUGUUUGAGAUCUUCACUCCCAUCAUGGGGCGCAGCGGUACCGAGAUACCCCCUGAGGUGGUGAUGGCCUCCCUGGUCACCCUGGCAACCAUCUUCCUCUCCUCCUUUUUCCUGCAUUUUAUCUACUUGGUACGGAGCACUAAGUGGAUCCUGGCUGGUCUGGGUUCAGUCUUCAUCUUCAUGUUCCUGAUGAUGUCCUGUGGCCUCCUCUUUCCUUAUUCAGACAGUCCAGACAGCCCGCGGCCAAAACGAGUCUUCCUGCAGCAUACAACACGGACCUUCCACAAUCUCCAAGGCCAGGUGGAGAGCCAAGACUCCGGUCUGUGGAUCAACAGUUUCGACUUCACAGGCAUACAGCACAUCACACCCCACAUCCCUGAGAUCAACGACAGCGUUCGCACCAGCUGCCGAGAGGACCGACCCUUCUGUGGCUACCCCUGGUUUCUGCCUGUGAAGUUCCUCAGCAAGAAGAACUGGUACCUCCCUGCUCCAGAAGUGUCUCCCAGCGCUCCAGUGGAGUUCAGCCUGCUGUCCAGAGAGGAGACCAAAUGGGGGACGAUCAAGAUGACCUUCAGUGUAAAAGGGCCCAGCCACAUGUCCCUCUAUCUGAUGCCUCAUCGAGGAGCCAGCCUCUCCACCUGGUCCUUUGGGGACGGGACCCCUCAGUUCGACCUGAGUGGAGAAUAUUUCGUCUUCUAUUCCCACGGCCUCGACGCCCCCACAUGGAUCUUCUGGUUUGAAAUACAGCCUCCCAGAGACCCAGACCCAUCAGGUCCUGAGGGGAUGAUCUCUGUUGCCAUCUCCACCCACUAUUUCUUCGGGCAAGACAGUAGGACUGCUCAACUGGAGGAAAUCCUCCACAGGUUUCCCACAUGGUCUUUUCCUUCAUCUUGGGUCAGUACCUACGACAUGUACCGAUACUGAGGAUGCCACACGUUACAGGGGCCGGAGCUGAGAAGAGCUGAGGGUUCAGGGGCCCCCAGAGACGGACAGAAAAGAUUUAAAGGAACAAUACUGAGGAUCAGCCCUGACGCCUUUUUCCUCUCUGACACAUUUCAACACUUCAACACACACUCCCGCUCCCUUCCAGCCUGCCUGAGAGACCCACAUCACUGUGUCAGUAGGCGUAGUAGCUAACCGAGCAGGAAGACGCGGUGAGAUACUCCAGAGGUAAGCUGAUCAGGGAGCUUACAAACGGACUAACUCGACGGCUGAGGAACCGGUAACCACAAUAUCGUGCUCACUGCUGCGUCAGUGAAACAAAAAGGGUUUAAGUUUCUUUUUUCUUUUUACUUAAUCUGUUGUGCCUUUGCUUUACUCAAUCCAUCUAACUCCCUUCCUCACUUUCAAUCUUGCUCACUUCCUCUUGUUCUUCCUCUCUCGUGCUUCCUGAAUGAAUAACGUUGCAUGGCUGCUUCCCCCCCCGCCUCUCUCUUUAUAAGCAAACCACUCAGGCCUGGACAUGUCACUGGCUCCCUGGGCAGAAAUUAAACACCACCACUAUCUGAACUGUAGGUGUAGUAACAUACUGAUGGGUCUGAUGGAAGGGGAAACUGUUUUUUGUUUGAACCAUUCUCCGACUUUAACUGGAAACUUUGACGAUUUCAAAGUUGCUUUUCAUCAACACGCACUGAGCAAAUAGUUUUUGUGUAAACGGUGAAAUUGCUCAUCAUUGCUCAAUAACACCACUGACUUGCAGCAAGUUGUACCCAUGUUAUUCCAACAAUGUGCUUUUAAUUGUCAGAGAAUCUGGCAUGCAGAAGGCAGAAAACUGUGCCUGUUAAAUGAAGACAGCUGGCUAAAAUAGAAAUGCAAACGCGUCUUUUAAAAAAAAGGUUUCGCUUUCCUGAACUUAACUUAAGGCAGAGGGGCAAUUUUGAAGUCUUUUUUCCGCCUGAUGUGUAUUGAUAUUGGGCUUGAUCAGACGAGAACUCACAGGGAAACGAGGACCUGUGGCGGUCUGAAUGUCCUGUGAUUUAAGAUUAUUCCCCAAGACUUGAGGUUGACUGGGUGAAAAAACCAGCAGUGCAACUCCACACUCAUUAACAGCAUCAGUGUCAGUCAGCUUGGUGGAAGUGUUUGUAAUUUACAUUUGCAGCUACUGUAAAAAGCAUCUGUACUUGAUUUCGCACUUGACCUCUGCAAUGUGCCAAUAGCUGUCUCCAACAGCACCAAUCACAUUUCAAUGACUAAUCGAGAAAAUAGUUGUGACCAUAAAGAAGAUUUAUAAGACUCUACAUCUUAGCUGCAGAUAGGAAAUAACAAAUCUGUAAAAUAAAGUGUGAUAUACAGAUAGUUUAAGGUGAAUGAAAUUUGUUAUCGUAAAUAACAUGUGCUUUGGAUAGACGUUAAAGCAUCAAGACUGAGCUGUAAGAAGAAGGUAAUUGUAUAAAGAAGUGAUAGGUGCUUCUAUCACUUGUUAGUCCACCCUGCUCAUAUACACUUUUCAGCUAAUUAUCAACCCAGAGAGGAGUUGCACAAUGCUAAACUGUUCAUUUACUGUAAUUUCCCGCUCCUUCAAGUGGAUGUAGGAAUGUAUAACCAUGCAUUGGUGCUGCUGCAGACAGCUCACACUAAUAACUGUUGUCCACUCAUUUUGUGGUGUGUUGCUAAUGUUUCUUACAUUUCACUUAUCUCAUAUGGAGUUGCAUCUUUGUUGCGGUGUUCUAGAGCCCAAGUAUCACAACCGAGAUCCAGUUAAUAUGACCUCUAAAGUGUCUACUUCACAUAGUCGACCACCAAGGUUCAGUUAGGGCAGGGUUACACUAGAGAAGAAGUGGAUUGUACGACAUGUUGGCAACACUGUAAGGCGGAGUAAAAAGUUGUUAAGUUAUUUGAUCGUCUGACAGAUCCUUCUGACGGAGUAUUCUGGCCCCUUCAGAGUCACCACUACCUCCACAAUGAUCAAAACUCUGGGUCCUACACCAAGAGAACAGCUAUUCAUGUUCUUGUAUAGACUGGUUUGAAUGUUACUGCUGGAAAGAUUUAAAAUAAUUUAGCAAGCUAACGUUAGAGAUUAUUUUUGGAUGGAUUAUAGAGCAUCAUCAUGUUUGUCUGUGGGCUAGUGUUGUUUUUCUGCUAACAAAGUAGAAUGGUUCCCUUGAUUUUUUUGAAUCGCACCUGUGUUAUCAAAAAAAUAUCAGAGUAACCGUCCCUGCGUUCAGAGGAAAUAUGUUAAAACACAAACAAAUGUAACAUAGUUGCUUGUUGGUAGUUUGACUCCUCCUAUACGUUAUCAUAGGUGGCUUCAGGUUGCAAAGACUUGGGAGAUCAACUGAGCAAAAAUGAUCUUUUGUCCACUUUGUUACACCCGGUGACGUGUCGUUGUGAUUCAUGUCGUCCGUUUGGCUUCAGUCACACACAAAAUAAGAUAUGCUGACAUGAAGGAGGCCUUAACAUUUUGCUUCCAAAGACACAACAAAAUGUUUACUGUUGUGGACACAAACGUCUCAGUGGUCUUAAAGCUUUCAGGUGCUGCGCUGUACAGUUUUUUUUGUACAUGAAUUGUUGUCUGUUGAAGAGUUUAAACUUUAAAUUCCAUCGCAGCCUUCGACAACACUUGAAAACAGGUCGCCCUACUAUGCUACUUUUUUUAAUGCACAAUGUGCAAAAAGAAGUCCUUAAAGUAACCUACUCUAACCAUCUGCUGAGGAAGACAGUGUGAUACGAAAGCUCCAGAGCAGCUGGGCUUUUGGAUGUAGGUGUGACACCAACACUGCUUUAAGUGACAGGGGACCAUUUAAAUCGGUUCUAUUGAAAAGUGCUUCAGUUGACAUGCAGAGAGGAGAAAAAGCUUUAUUAAUAAGUGUAAAUGGUUAUUUUUUUUCUAAAAAUCUGUUGCACAGUGGGAUGGAGUAGAGAGGAGUCUGACUUACACGCUGUGAAAUCGCUCAUCCGACGACGGUGCUCCCACUAAAGCGAACACAGAGCGCUGCUAGAGAGCUUAACCUUAAUAAAACAAACUCCUUUUAGAAUUAACUUCAUUUUAAUUGUUUGUGACAGAUUCUAAUGUUUCAAUGUAAAUCAGUGAAGACUGACAAAGCGCUGCGCAGUGUGUUUUUCUUCCACACACACACCUACACACACCUACACCUACACACACCUACACACACGUACACACGUAACAGACAAAGAAAACAAAUCAGUCGAAAUAAGCAUUUUAGCUGAAAUCUAUUCUGGGAAACACAUUGAAAUGUCUUAAUGCCUGUUGUUGAAGGAUGUUCAUUAUUUUUUAAAAGAUGUUUCAUUUGUUAACAGUCUUGUUAUAAUAACCUGAACUGUGUUUGUCCAACAUUUUUACUUUUAACCCAUGCCCAUUUCUUAACUGUUCUGGAAGUUAAAUUAAGAUGUUUUUUUUAAAGACUAAAAUGUUAUUUUUUUGAUUGAUUUGACACUUAAGUUCUUCAACUGCUGUUUGGCUUUUUUUUUUUUAAUGCAUAUUUGUGAUUAAUCGAACAGUUGGGAUUAUUGGGAUUGAUCUGGUAACAGGGUAUCCAUCUAUUAAAUGGACGGGAUGAUUUAACAUUAUGCAAAAAGCUUGAAUUAAAUUAGCACUUGUACAGCAAUUAAAAUGUUUAUUACAUUGCCGUUGUUGUUCUAUUUAAAACAUGUCAUUCCACUUCAUGUACACACAAACGGUAGAUCAGACUAUAUAUAGAAAUAAAGACAA